AUGUCUACAGUCUCACCACGAAUGCCCGUCUACUUUCUCGGCAUCGGCGGGCCCAACUUUUUGGAAAACACGACACACCCCGCCUACGCCCAGCUGGCCCAAGUCGGACACGAAAUCACCACCGUGGUCAAGCCCAAGGCCGUGGUUGUCUUUUCCGCCCACUGGCAGGGCGGCCCGAGUACCAUUCAGAUCAACACGGCCGCCGAGACGGAUUUGAUUUAUGACUUUUAUGGCUUUCCGCCGCAUUUCUACGAGCGCAAAUAUCCCAACAGGGGAAGCCCCGAGAUUGCCGAAAUGGUGGCUGGCCGGCUCGAGGCUGCUGGUAUUCAAGUCGAGAGAGUCAACCGCGGUCUUGACCAUGGUGUCUGGGCUGGCUUCAUUGUCGCUUUCGACCCUGAAAAGAAUCCAUUGAAUGUGCCUAUUAUACAGGUCUCGCUCUUCGGCAACGAAGAUCCGAACCAGCAUUACCGCGUCGGUCAGGCGCUAGAAGGCCUACGCGAUCACGGUACUCUCAUCGUCGGCGCAGGUAUGGCUGUACACAAUCUGCACGACUUUCGAGCCACGAGAGGUACAGGAUCAACGAGACCGUAUACCCUCAGCUUUGACGAGGCCUUGAAAGAGGCCGUCGCCGCACCCCCCGAGGGCAGGCAGGCGAGGAUGGCGGCAUUGCUGGCCCGCGGCGACGCCAGACAGGCGCAUCCAACGUUUGAGCACAUUCUUCCAAUGCUUGUCGCGGCGGGCGCUGCGGGAGCUGAUGUUGGGCACCGGCUUUGGACACUUCCCGAGGGGAGUCUGAGCUGGGCGCAGUAUAGAUUUGGGGAUAUUACUGGGCUCUGA